AUGACCUCCCUCCCGCUCAAUCUCUGGCACCUCUACGUGGACAACCUUGUCCGUUAUGAGAAAGGCUCCUGGGUCUCCUCGAUUGCCUCGACAUGCCGUAUACUCGCGGUCAUGCUCAUCCUGCCGUUUGCGCUCCUCAUGAUGCUGGACGUCGCGUCGUACGUGAUCGCGCGCACGCUCGGGGUCAUCGACCAGACGAAGGCGUCCACCGGCGGCGACCACCUCGCCGUGCCCGCCACCGCCCCCGCGAUCGUCACGCCGCCCCCGGCGGAGGAGACGACGCGCGCGGCGGCGACGCCCCUCCCGCCCGUGAGCGACGACGAGGACCUGCUCGGGGGCAACCUCCGCCUCGCCGGCGUCGACACCUUCUCGCCCGCGCCGUCGCUCCCCGCCUCGCCCGUGCUGUCGCGGCGCGAGUUUGUCGGGGACCGUGAGCGCGACGGCGUGGGCUCCCCCGGGUCUGCUCACGGGCACGCGCUGGGGCUCGGGCUCGGGCUCGGGCUCACGCGCAUCAAGACGCCCCCGGCCGCGGGCGAGGGCGGGCGGCGGCAGGAGGCGAGCGAGGAGGCGUCGAGCAGCGGGGAGUCGUCGUUCACGAUCGUGGACGGGGACGACGGCGCGGAGGACGGGGUGAUGCUCCGCAGGCGGGCAUGGCAGACGGGAACCGGUGGCGACAGCGGCGACGGCGCCGCGUAG